AUGGAGAGAAGCGAGGAGCAAGAUGGCAAUGAGAAGCCCGCAGGGCCAGAGCAUGACAGUGGGGCACCAGGACUGUCACUGAAGAGGGAGAUUGGUCUGUGGAGUGCAGUUUCCAUGACUGCUGGCUGUAUGAUUGGCUCUGGCAUCUUCAUGUCCCCACAGGGGGUCUUGGUUCACAUGGGUAGUCCUGGAGCCAGUCUUGUUGUCUGGGCCACUUGUGGCCUUCUGGCCAUGCUGGGUGCCCUGUGCUAUGCUGAACUGGGCAGUCUGGUUCCUGAAUCUGGGGGAGACUAUGCCUACAUUUUACGAACCUUCGGCUCUUUGCCUGCCUUCCUGGUUAUCUACAUGUUUGUCCUGCUGGCCAGACCCGCUGCCAUCACUGCCGUCUCUCUGAGUUUUGCUGAAUAUGCGCUGGCUCCCUUUUACCCAGACUGCUCCUCAUUCCCUCAGAUCACGGUCAAGAUCGUAGCUUCCUCUUGCAUCCUGUUGCUGCUACUGAUCAACUUCUGGAGCUCCCGGAUAUCCACGGUGGUGAUGAACGUGUGCACAGCUGCCAAGGUGUUCUCAUUGCUCAUCAUUGUAGUGGGUGGGGCUGUGGUGCUGGCCCAGGGCCGCAGUCGUGCAGAAUCCUUGCUGUUUGCCUUCCACAACACAACACAGCAGGCAGGGCGCAUUGGCAUGGCUUUCUACCAUGGCCUGUGGUCCUUCGAUGGCUGGAAUAAUAUCAACAUGGUUGUAGAGGAGCUCAAGAACCCAAAGGGGAAAACUGAAAUUCACAAAAGGGGAAUUAUUCUGAAUUCGUACUGCCAGCAUUCUUAUUGA